UUCAUCAGGUUCAUCAAAAAUAUGGAGACCAGAAAUCAAACAGCUGUUUCAGAAUUCCAUCUCCUGGGACUGACAGGUGACCCAGAACUGCAGCCCCUCAUCUUUAGCCUGUUCCUAUCCAUGUACCUUAUCACAGUGCUUGGGAACCUGCUCAUCAUCCUGGCCAUCAGCUCUGACUCCCACCUCCACACUCCCAUGUACUUCUUCCUCUGCAGCUUGUCCCUUAAUGACAUCUGUUUAAGCUCAAGCAUAAUCCCUAAGAUGCUUGUGAACAUCCAAGUAAAGAAUCAGAGCAUCACCUACACAGGCUGCCUCUUCCAGGUCUGCUUUGUCUUAGUUUUUGUCGCCAUGGAAAGUUGCCUGCUUGCAGUGAUGGCCUAUGACCGCUAUGUGGCCAUUUGUCAUCCACUUAGGUACACAGUCAUCAUGAAGCCCUGUCUGUGUGUCCUUCUGGUUCUGGUCUCUCUAUCCACCAGUAUUGUAGAUGGCUUGCUGCACACUCUGAUGGUGCUGCUGUUGUCCUUCUGCACAGACCUGGAGAUCCCCCACUUCUUCUGUGAACUUGAUCAGGUCAUCAAGCUGGCCUGUUCUGAUACUCUCAUUGAUAACAUCCUUAUAUAUAUUGCAGCUUGCAUAUUUGGUGGUGUUCCUCUCUCUGGGAUCAUUUUCUCUUACUGUCACAUCGUGUCUUCUGUCUUGAGAAUGCCCUCACCAGGAGGAAAGCAUAAAGCCUUUUCUACCUGUGGGUCUCACCUGUUUGUUGUUUUCUUGUUCUAUGGCACAGGUUUGGGGGUGUACAUUAGCUCUGUAGUUACUGACUCUCCCAGGAAGUCAGCAGUGGCCUCAGUGAUGUACACUUUGGUCCCUCAAAUGCUGAACCCCUUUAUCUACAGCCUGAGGAACAGGGACAUGAAGGAGGCCCUGAGGAAGCUCAUCAGUAGAAUGCCAUCAUUUCAUUCUUCUGUAAAACUUAGAUUUCCUUUAGAAAUACUUAUAAACACUCGUGUGAAUCCAAUAGAGAGGAAAGGUGUAUCCAUGCCCGAGUGUGUGGGAUUUGGGUGUGAACUGACAAAGGGGAAGGAAGAGUUGGUGUCUCAGGAGUCUCAGGGUGAGGGACACCAACAGCAAGCUGGGAAAGGAGAGAGGCAAGGGACCUGUCAAACUGUAGCCUUUUCCAUGGCUACAUCCAUUCCAAUGAUCACACGUCGCAAGGGUCUCAAGCUCAUCGAGUUGCCUGUUGAGUCUGCAUCAGGAAAGCCUCGGGUUCCAAACACCAGGGGACCUUUGCUCAGUGUUCUUCCUCUCUCUGCUGUGCUGCUCCUCUUCCUCCUCUAG